AUGAUCAUGGUAUCACUAUUUCUUCUACUAUUCCUGAUUAGCUCUGAGAUCCAAAGUCAAAAACUUACAACGGAGGAGAAUGAGUUCAAUAACAAAAACUGCGGCGUUCAUUUUCUAGGACAGCCACUUCAGAAAAAUCGUGUGGUCAAAAAGUCUUACGGAGGCCGAGAAUUUGAAGAAAAUGAGUAUCCUUGGACUGUGGUUUUGGGAGAUGUUUCGGAACAGACGACGUGCAGUGGUGUUCAAAUAUCUCAACGACAUAUUUUAACAGCUGCUCACUGUGUUUUGCGCUUCGACGUUGAAAAGAGCCAAGAGUUGUGUGCCAUUAACCAAUCACAGAGCAUUGUUUCUGUACUAGCCAAUCCAGAAGAGAUGUCUAUCUUCAUAGGCGGAGGGAAAAUGCGUUGCUACACUAUUCCUUGCCAAACCACUAAAACUCCAUAUAGAGCGAAAAAGAUCGUAGCAAAGGAAUUGAACAUGUGUGAGAAAAAUGAUGAUUUGGCAUUACUUGAACUCAGCCGAGAUAUCUCGGAAAGCGAUUCGACACCCAUUUGCAUGCCCGAAGAUGACUUGCAACUGAAUCCUGUUCUAUUUGCAGGAGGCUUCGGAUUCGAUCCUUCGAGCCCCAUCACUUUUGAUAAUCCGGGAGGCGAUCAAGCACAUGGACAGCAAGUAGUAGCACUUCGCUAUCACGCAGUCGACCAAUUACUGCACCAAAUUGAGACAGGAAAUAGUGGAGGUCCACUGUUUCAAAUAGACGAAGUGGGACGCCACAUUCUUGUGGGAAUCGCUAGCUACAUCCGUAGAAGCUGCACUCACCACAACGAAAACAUGAUAAAUGUUUUUACUGACGUUCGUGCGCAUUUGGAUUGGAUCUGCAAAUAUUCGGGUGUGUGCCCAGUAGAAGAAGAAUCCCAAUGGACUGAAGGUGCAACACUACCGUAUGCUAGUCUACAGCAUAUUUGA